AUGUCUCGGCCGGUAUCCAAGAAGCCUUUACUCAAACCAUCAUCUUCCAACCGUCUCGGUCAAUCGUCCUCGAAACUCGCCGGACCGAGAAAGAUCGCUGGCGGUUCGGCGGGAAGCAAAGGCGUUGAUGAGGGCUACUUGUAUAUCGCAGGCGUCAAAGACCCGAGUAAGAGAGUGACAGAAUAUAGGACAGAGCAAGAUAUAUGCCCGAUUUGUCAUACCGAUAGGCAGUUCAACAAGAACUUGCGGCUACUCGUAUCACCUUGCUACCACAAGAUGUGCGAAUCGUGUGUCGACAGGUUGUUCGCUUUGGGCCCGGAGAAAUGUCCGGUGUGCAAUAGGAUGCUGCGAAAGAUCAACUUUGCACAUCAGACAUUCGAAGAUCUGAAGGUAGAGAAGGAGGUCUCUGUAAGACGCAGAAUGUCAGACAUCUUCAACAAACGGAGAGGUGACUUUGAUAGUGACAAGGAGUACGACGACUACCUAGAGAAGGUUGAGGAUUACACUUUCAACCUAUUGAACGACGUAGAUGUCGCUCAGACCGAAAAGUAUAUUGAAGAUUGGCAGCGCGAUAACCGCAAAGAUAUCGACGAAAACAAACUCAAAACAUCAGAGGAGUUCAUGACCCAGUCCAAGCGAGAAGAGACAGAUCGGAGAGUCCGUGAAGAACGUAUGCGAAAGAUGGAGGAGGCGGAAAGAAUUGAAAAGAUUGAAGUGGAGAGAAUACGAGGGGAAAUUACCGACGCAUUGUCGCGGGGGGAAAAGAGGCGGGCGAGGGAUAUAGAGCUCAAGGCCAGGGACGCAAAGAGGCUUCGCGAAGAAGCUCUCUUUGAAUACGUCCCGCCUUCUCUCCUGGCCAGCAUGAUUCGAACCGACACUCAACACUCACCCCUCUCUCCCUCAUACAACGGCCCCUACGUUCCCAUACCCUACUCUGACCCUGAUCAUGCUUCAUGGGUCAACUGGUAUGACCCCCAGCCAGAGUAUGUGGAUAGGAGGUCUAGGGUGAUGUUCAUGAAGGAGGAUAAAGAGGGCAAAGUGCGAGGUGGGGGUUAUGAUCUGAAUCUAUUCUGGGAGAUGGAGGUUCGUAGUGCCGUGGAGGCUGUGGGCGUCGAGCCACUCGUAUGA